AUGGCGGAUAAAGAAAAGAAGAAGAAGGAAAGUAUCUUUGAUUUGUCCAAAUACAUCGACAAGCCGAUUCGAGUUAAAUUUCAAGGAGGACGAGAAGCAAGCGGUGUCCUGAAAGGGUUCGACCCACUAUUGAAUCUUGUGCUUGAUGGGACUAUCGAGUAUAUGCGUGAUCCAGAUGAUCAGCUAAAGCUGACAGAAGACACAAGGCAGUUGGGGCUAGUGGUCUGCAGGGGGACAUCAGUGGUACUUAUUUGUCCCCAAGAUGGCAUGGAAGCUAUUCCCAAUCCUUUUAUACAGCAACAAGAUGGCUAA